AUGUACGCGCAGCUGCUGUGCGGCCUCGUCCACCGCGCCGAUGUGCUGCGUGUCGACGCCGUGUUCGCCUCGGGCUUCCUCCGCGCCGUCCGCUUCCUCGAGAAGCACUGGCCGCGCCUGUGCCGCGACAUCCGCACGGGCACGCUCGACCCGAAGAUCACGGACCGCGCUGUGCGCGACGCCGUCGGCAGAGUGCUUCGCGGCGCCGACCUGGCGCUUGCCGGCGAGAUCGAGGCCGAGUGCGCGGGGUCGUCAUGGGAGGGCAUCAACCGGCGCCUGUGGCCCCGCACCAAGUGCAUCGAUGUGAUUGUGACCGGCGCCAUGUCGCAGUACAUCCCGACGCUGGAGUUCUACGGCGGCGGGCUGCCUCUAGCGUGUACCAUGUACGCCUCUUCCGAGUGCUACUUCGAGUUCCUUCCUCUCCCGUGCAGCAGCGACGGCAAGGCAGAGCCGAGCCACCGCGACCUGGUUGGCCUCGUGGACGUGAAGCUCGGUCACGAGUAUGAGCUCGUGGUCACCACCUACUCCGGUAUGUCUGACAUCUUCGAUCGAAAGCAUGCAUGGACGGACGAUCCGUUGUAUCGGUACCGCAUGGGCGACGUGCUGAGGGUUGCCGGCUUCAAGAACGAGGCGCCGAUGUUCAAGUUCGUGAGGCGGCAGAACGUGGCGCUGAGCAUCGACUCCGACAAGACGGACGAGACGGAGCUGCACGCGGCCGUGAGCGGCGCGGUGCAGCACCUGGCGCCGUUCGGCGCGUCGCUGGUGGAGUACACCAGCUGCGCCGACGCGGCCACCAUCCUGGGCCACUACGUGCUGUUCUGGGAGCUGUGCGCGGGCAGCACGGCCGUGCCGCCGUCCGUGUUCGAGCUGGCGCUGGAGCACUUCUGCAUCCACGGAGCCGUGAAGGUAAAGCCCUACGUGCCGGACUUCAAGCUGGCGCUGGAGCACUUCUGCAUCCACGCGGGCGGGCGCGGCGUGCUGGACGAGCUGGAGCGCAGCCUCGGCUUGUGA